CUAAAGCCUUUUCUUCUUUUCUCCUCCUACGAAGAAAAGUGUCUCUUUCAUUUUUCAGUCUCACACAUUGCGUAAUUUUGCAGAGAAGAUCCAACCAUACUUCAGUUCUACUGUCACAAUUUGAGAAGAAGAAGCGUGAGAUCUGAUCACUAGAACUAGGAAGAAAGAGCUUAGACUACAGAAAGAGGACUUACAGAGAUGGAUAAAAUGAAUCAGGCUAUUGAGAAGAUGAAGAUGUUGGUUGGUAUGGAGGUUGAAGACGAGCAACAAGCUGCUGAUGAAGAAAGCUCGCUCUCAUUCAUGGAAGAUCUUAAUCGCAAUUGCGCUUUAACUACCAAACAGAGAUUUUAUGGCUUUGCAAUUUGCUUGUCAGCAGGUUUGACCUGUACACUUUUGUCGAUGCUUGUUUUCUUUAAUCCGGUCAAGUUUGGCAUCACAUUCACUCUGGGAAAUUUGAUGGCACUCGGGAGCACAGCAUUCCUUAUAGGCCCACAGCGGCAGGUGACUAUGAUGCUUGACCCAGCUCGUAUCUACGCUACUGCAUUGUAUCUAGCAAGCAUUAUCAUUGCCUUGUUUUGUGCUCUUUAUGUUCGCAACAAGCUUCUGACACUGCUGGCUAUCAUUCUUGAGUUCACUGGUCUAAUUUGGUAUAGCUUGAGCUACAUCCCUUUUGCAAGAACCAUGGUCUCAAAGAUCUUCAUGACUUGUUUUGACACCGAGUUUUAAGCUACAGUUUACACACAUCAGGUCAAAGAUUUCUUGUUCCAAAACCUUGAUGCUCUGGCUGAACGAUUGGUCAAUCUCCUCCAAAUGUGUUCAAAGCAGGACUUGUUUGAUGCACCGGUAACGUGCCAUGCCCUUUAUGGCUUAUAAUUGCCUCUUUACAUCAAGUUCACGUCUUCACAAAUCCUAGCACAGUUUUUUGUAUAUUUGCUGUGGAACUUAACGUAGAUUUGGAUGUUAUUGCUGUUUGCUACAAAAUUAAGAUGUUAACUUCACUUGUUUUAGUUUCAUUGUCAUGGUUACGCUAAAGACUUAAUCCA